AAAUCAUAUCUGCGGUAUAAACAAUCCCAGAUCUAUUCUUAGCCUCAGACAAAAAAUGUGCUUUUAUUUUCAUGCAAACUGUUGUCUCAAGUAAACAUCUGGUCCAGUUUCAAAACGUGUUGCAUCACAUGUGUUGCAUAACAUUUUACGGAAGAGUAACGCGUGGUUACGUCAGCGUCAGUUGGACGAGUAUGAGGCGCAUACUCGGUACGAAUUUAUUGAGGCUUUUCGGUGUAUCUGGUGCAAGUCCUCUUUCUCAAGUCCCGUCGACAGUGGGACAACAAAGCGUCUUUGCACUGAAUUUCCACCGGAAAUCGACGAGUGACUGUAAAAGCAUGGACCUGAGUAACAUGAGGAAGAGCUACAAAGGAGAUGAGGAGUGCUUUGAGGAGAGCCAGCUUGUGUCUUUGGACCCAAUCAAACAGUUUGGAAGCUGGUUUGAUCAAGCCACCAAGUGCCCUGAAAUUGGGGAGGCAAAUGCCAUGUGCAUUGCCACCGCCACCAAAGACGGACGUCCAUCUGCUCGUGUGGUCCUGCUGAAAGGUUACAGCAACGAAGGUUUCCGUUUCUUUACCAACUACGAGAGCCGAAAGGGUUCUGAGCUGGAGAGUAAUCCAUAUGCAUGUCUGGUCUUCUACUGGGCACCUCUCAACAGACAGAUUCGCAUUGAGGGCCGCGUGGAGCGAAUCCCCUUCCAGAACUCCUGUGACUACUUCCACUCCCGACCAAGGAGCAGCCAGAUCGGGGCCGUGGUGAGCCGGCAGAGCGCUCCGGUCCCCAGCAGAGAUUAUCUAAGACAGAAAAAUGCAGAACUGGAGGAGAAGUACAAGGACAAAGAGGUGCCGAUGCCCGACUACUGGGGCGGCUACCUCGUCAAACCCUACCUGAUGGAGUUCUGGCAGGGUCAGACCAACAGGCUUCACGACCGCAUCGUCUUCACCAAGCCGAAGGACGGAGAGUCUGAGCUGGGAGAGUUUCAGCACGCUGCAGAGGACGGCUGGGUGUACCAGCGGCUGUCCCCAUGAGGAGGGCUGCAACAGGCUGCCACAUGCGAGGAAAGAAAGUUCACCUCAAAUUUCACCUCAUCACUAAACAGCAGCUUUGCCUCACCUGGAAAUCACCUGUAGGUACUGAUGGAAACCAUGCUGAUGUAGAUCAAGUAGGAGCUAAUGUGUGUCAACAAGCCAAACGUUCACUGUGUUGUCUUUGAACCUAAACGUUCUCGAUGUCAGUACGUGCAGUUUUUUCAGAGGUGUGACGCAACCCGAGCGAACUGUACAACAUUUUCCAUGCAUUGUGAAAUGAAAAGAGGCCGUGGGGUACACAGGAAGUAAACUGAACAGCUGUGGAGAGCAAACUCCACCUGGUCUGCUCAAACAAUGAUUGACUGUAAAGCUGGUUACUCCGCUGUGUUGUAAGGACGUGAAAGUCGAGUUUUAGGCCGUUUUGUUGACACUGUCGCACUGAGAUGUUAAUUCAGUCAUGUGAUUUACGCUGAGCUCAGGUGACCCCAUACCUGCCUUUUAAUAAUGACAUUAAAAGAGCUGAUGAUUUGAAUUGUGCCAACUGUUACGCCUUUCGUGUUUGUCUCGUGACAUCUGAGGUCACUGAAUGUUGUGUUGUCUGGAAUUAACUGUGGAGCUGAGCCAGUAAUAAAGUUUAAUUUCUAACUGAG